AUGACUUCAACUUCGAUGCCACCUUUAUAUCGUGGGGGUCGUUUAUCAUCUCUGCCAAUUGAAGUCAAAGAAAUGAUUGUAUACUGGGUUCAUCAUCUUCCUUCAACUCAGCAAAGAUAUUAUCGACGUCAUCGUCGAAAAAGAUUUCAAAAACAAGGUGAUAGUCUUCCUUUGUUUGAUAUUCGAUCGCUCGCAUCGGUCGAUCGCACAUUUCGUCAAAUAUGCAGUUUCUACCUCUAUGGGUGGUUGAACUUCUCACGUGGUGCGGUUCCAAGAAUAAGAUUUGCAUAUCAAGAAAUCAUUCCAAGACAUUCACAUUGUGUAAAGAUGAUUUGGUGGAGAGGCUCUUCUCCAGAGGUGUAUUCACAUACUGACGAAGUGCGUCAAAAGACUUGGGAUGGAUCUGGGCAGUCAUCAUGCAAUUCGACAAGUCGAUUUGAACUAUUCCUCGAGAUCUUACGAGCUUGUCCUCAAAUCACCCAUCUUGAUAUUGAUAUGGCAAAGGAUCCUUCUCCGGACGGCGAUGUCCGAGCAACUCAAUCAUCAAGUGUAACAAAGUACGACUAUGGCAAGAUGGCAAAGUUUAUCAAACCCCUCUCUCACCUCACCUCCCUCACUCAUCUUUCACUUGUCCCUUAUGAUAAAGGUGUUUUCACCGAGAUUUUCCUAGUCGAGCUCAUCUCUAACCUCCCUCAGCUUCAAAGUUUUGCCUGUUCACACAUUGAUCGAAGUGCUACGAAGAAAUUGGCGGAUUCCGAGUGUUAUCAAUCAUCGCUAGCCGUUCAUCUUGCUUCCCUUCCUCAUCUAACCAGGUUGAUUUUGAAGAAUGCGUAUUGCGUGAAUGCUAGUUGGAGCGAGCCAAAUUGGAAAAGCUCGCUUGAAGAACUCUCGUUGGCAAAUUCUCCUCUGAUCACCGUAGCAGUCUUCCAUGCCUUUACCCAACUCUUUGCUUCGACGCUGGUGGAGCUUGAGGUAAAUAACGUACCAUGCGACACGUACUGGAUGGAGGACCCAACCCUAACAUUACGAGGCCCCUCCGGUGGACCAUUGCAAUUUGAAUUGCCCAAACUCAAAACUUUGAAAAUAUCAACAUGGCUUCCGGUCGGAUUCUUGUGGGCCUUUCAAGCAUCAAAAGACCUUUCAUAUCUUUUCUUACAAGAGACUUCCUUUAUUGACUAUGAAGAGUUAGUGGGAUUAAUAGAAGAUGAACUUUGGCCCAAUCUCAAGCGAUUUCAGAUCUCGCCUGAAACAGGGUCACUUUCGCUGGAUGAGAUUACUGAAUUGAAUAAGUCGUGUCAAAAACAUGGAGUUGAGAUGAAUAUCAAUUGUAAUAUCAACAACGGCGAAGAGGAUGAUUCUGAAGAUUCUGAAGAUUCUGAGGAGGAGAAGGAAGAAGGAGAAUCAGAUUAG